GAAGCGUGCAGAAGCAAAUCGUGAAUCAUAUUACGUAUACGACGCGUGCUAGUGACAAUAAAAAGAACAGAAAACAACAACAACAAAAGCAACAAAUAACAACAAAGUGAGACAACAGUAAAAUGGAAUUGAGCAAAGAAACAUUGAGUGUGAGUGCGCUGAUUGUCGGCCUGUUUAUCAUGUGCCAGCUGGACAGCAGCUCCGGCUAUGCCAUUGGCCAGGCCAAGUUCGGCAACAUCGAAAAGUUUCCCUACCAAGUGAUGCUCAUCGGCAAGCAGCUGUGGCGCAAGCGCAUCCUCUGCGGCGGCACUCUGCUGGACAAUCGCUGGGUCCUCACGGCCGGCCACUGCACCAUGGGCGUCACCCACUUCGACGUGUACCUGGGCACCCGCAGCGUAGAGGCCACCGAGCAGCUGAAUGGCCUCGUGCUGCGCACGAAUAAGUUUAUCGUCCAUGAGCGCUUCAAUCCGGAGACGGCGGCCAAUGACAUAGCCCUGGUCAAGCUGCCACAGGAUGUGGUAUUCACAUCACGCAUUCGACCCGCUGCUCUGCCCAGCAGACAGCAUGCGGAUCAGUUCACGGGCAGGAGCGUGGUGGCCAGCGGCUGGGGUGCCAUAGUCGAGAUGACCAACUCGGAUGCCAUGCAGUACACCGAGCUGAAGGUGAUCUCCAAUGCGGAGUGCGCCGAGGAGUACGACGUCGUCACCUCGGGAGUGCUCUGUGCGAAAGGAUUGAAGGAUGAGACAGUCUGCACCGGCGACUCGGGUGGCCCACUGGUUCUCAAGGGCACCCACACGCUGGUGGGCAUCACGAGCUUUGGCCCAGCUGACGGCGAGGCUGGCGGCGGCUGCGAGCGAACCACCGUGCCCGGCGGCUUCACACGGGUCACCUACUACCUGGACUGGAUUGAGAGCAAAAUUGGCAGUCACAAACAUCAGCAGCAGAAGCAGCAGCAACAGCAACAGCAGCAGAAGCAGCAGCAACAGCAACAGCAGCAGAAGCAGCAGCAGCAUUCACAGCAACAGCAUCACAUCUAUCGGGAUGACAAUCUCGUCUAGAGCUCUGUGCCCUGUGGCCAGUGAAGAGCAGAACUUUGACUGAAUCGUCUAGCUUUAUAGAACGUGUGAUAUUUUGUAAAUACUCCAAUUCUCACUUAGCUAAUUUCCAAAUUGUGGCAUGAAUUUGUUUUAGUAUAUAACUAUUUAAA